GAAAUGGAAGACGUUCGGGUGGACAAGGAGGAGGAGGAGGAGGAGAGGUGGGACCCAUGGUUGGGGGAGAAGAGGAAGGAGAGGCAGGUUCGAGCUUAACGAUGGAGAGGGUGGCUGUCGCCAAGAAGUUCAUCGAAAACCAUUACAAAGCCCAGAUGAAGCUCAUACAAGAUCGCAAAGAGAGGCGUUCAGUGCUGGAAAAGAAGUUAGCAUCUUCUCAUGUACCAGAAGAAGAACAGAUGCAUCAACUGAAAGAUUUAGAGCGCAAGGAGACUGAGUAUAUACGGUUAAAACGACACAAAAUAUGUGUCAGUGAUUUAAACCUUCUUGAUAUUAUUGGGAGGGGAGCCUUGGAGAGGUUGAACAUGUCAGAGCUGAGCGGAAUUAUUAGCAGAAGUUGCGAGUCAUUGCCUUGUGAAACUCUAUUACUCCUUUCAG